CUUUUAAGGCGCGUCGUGUUGCGCAUUUUCCAGAAUUGCCACCUAAAAAUAAAUAAAAAUGUCAGGGUUCCUAUUCUUUCCCCAGUACAAAUUCAGCAAGUCAGGUGGUGAGGAAAGCUUCGUUAUUUGUAGACGGCUGUUGAAUUCAACAUAGGAAGCCAAGGCAGGGCAUAGGUAAUGCUAAUAAUAGGUAAUACUAAUACUAUUAAUAAUACAGUAGUCGCUUUAAUAUUCCCAUGUAUUCAGCCCCGUGUGUCAGUACUUCGUUAGCAAAGCUGCCGACCUCUCAACUCAAAAGACAUAAGGUUAUUUUACUCUUAAAAUCUGUAUGCUGCUAUAUUGUCAGAACCUCUAAGCAGUUUAUAAUAUACAGUAUACACAUUAAAGUUAUGAAUAAAAGACAAUAAAAACAAGCUGACCUAAAGACAACACAAGUUUUCAUAAAAUGUAUGCAUCUCAGUGCUUGUUAACUUUACAUACCUUGUGCAAAUGUGUUGUGCAGUAGGGAAGCAGAUGCUCACCAAAUGCAUAAUUGGAGUAGAAAGCUUCAAACACAAAGACACCCAAGAAGCAAAAAAAAAUAUGAUUUUUUUGUCGAAGGGGUAGCAGACACACUUCCUUAGCCAUAGCACCAGCUGGGCUUGGAAUGCUUCAGUCUCCUCCCUCUUUAGCAGGCAAGUGAAAUUUCCUGCUCCGGUAUGGGACUUGUAUUUGAAGAGUCUCCAUGUUUAUUUGUUGAAAGGAUGUCAUUUGGUGCAUGGGCAUUGAAACCCCCUGCAAAAGAGGAUUAGGCAGAUUCAUGGAGAAUAACGUUAUCAAUGCCUACCAGCCAUCAUGGCUAUGCUUUGCCUCCAUGGUAAGAGUAGCAAUAACACUUCUGAACACUAGUAGCUGGAAACUGCAGGAUGGGAGAGUGCUUUUGUGCUCAGGCAUUGAAAACCUCCCUUGUGAGUUGCAAAGGAACUUCCAACUUAUGCGUGAGCUGGAUCAGAGAACAGAAGACAAGAAAGCAGAAAUCGACAGUCUUGCUGCUCAGUACAUUUCAACAGUGAGGAGUCUGUCAUCAGAGCAACGGGUGGAAAUCCUGCAGAAGAUUCAGAAUGCUUACGCAAAAUGCAAAGAGUACAGUGAUGACAAAGUGCAGCUGGCCAUGCAGACCUAUGAGAUGGUAGAUAAGCACAUUCGACGGCUGGAUGCUGACCUGGCACGAUUUGAAGCUGAUCUGAAGGAUAAGUUGGAAGGCAGUGACUUUGAAAACCCUGCAACGCAAAACCUAAAAAAGGGGCGAACUCCAAAGGAUAAGAAAAGCUCUCGGGGUCGAGGCCGGCGAACAUCCGAAGAAGAUGUCCCAGUAAAAAAGAAACCAAAACGAAGGUCUGAAUUAGCUGAUACCAUCCUGUCGGUUCAUCCUUCAGAUGUCCUGGAUAUGCCGGUGGAUCCCAACGAACCUACGUAUUGUUUGUGUCACCAAGUAUCCUAUGGAGAAAUGAUUGGCUGUGACAAUCCUGAUUGCCCAAUCGAAUGGUUCCAUUUUGCUUGUGUGGACCUCACCACGAAACCCAAAGGGAAAUGGUUUUGUCCUCGCUGUGUUCAGGAGAAGAAAAAGAAGUAAAAUGGGAAUGUACAGUCUGAAAGAAGAAAAAGUUUAAUAUAUUCGUACAUGUUGCAAUAUUUUAUUCUAUCUUUUUUGUCACUUACCUAUCUUGUUUGAUUUGAUAUUUAGCAGUGGCCAGUCAUUUUUCUUAACAUGGGGGGGGGGGAGAGAGCUAUCCUAAUGAGAAAAGGAGGAUGUGGAGGAGGUUUACUGUGGUGAUGGUCGCCUGGGUUACACACUUCUGUGGCACUGCAAUCAAUGUUAUGAAGUACUAAGAGUAGCCCUGCACUGGAAUUUCUGCUCACGUACGAAAAGUCUGUGAAAUUGCCUAUAUGGCCUUGCAGGUGAACGAUGAUUUUUUUUGUUUUGUUUUGUUAUCAACAGAGUAGUCACUCUGCUCCGCACAAUAUUUAUGAAGGAUUUAAAAUCUUUAACUGCAUCUUUACAGAACCUUAUAACUACUGUCAAGGAAGGAAUGGUGCUGCUCUGUUCCUCGGUUGCAGCAAGCAAGGAAUUGUUUCUUACAAAGGCAGAUGAAAAGUAAUGGGUAUUAUUUUGGUAAGGUGUGUUCCCCAAGUAAAUUUCAAGAGUAGUACACCUGUUCCAGUUGCUUCUGAGUUGUACACUACUACUCUGAAGUCAUCUAUCCAAUCCUGAUGGUAAGCAAUGAAUGCUUAAAUUGAGGCAUAAAAUGUCUAGGAGAUAGCAGUACAGUAUAGUUUGAUUCACUCAUGAAACAAAAAUAAGGCUUAUUUUUCAUUGGCUAAGCUAUUAGAUGUUAGACAUUAACAGUAAGGAAAACCAGAUGUAAACUUUUUUUAAAAAAGGAAAGAUUGACUGCAAAGCACUAAAAGCAAUUUGGUGUAAUUUUAUACUGAACUUUUAUCUGGUGUGAGAUGUCUGUUCUCUGUAAGCACCCAGAUGCCAGCCAGUAUAAAAUGUAAAUGUGAGUGCCCCUUAAAGCAGCUUUGAGUUGGGAGACGGACAAUUAUUUUUUUCAGGAAGCUGGUAGAGCCAUCGUUGGCUGUGAUGCACACAAUAUCAGAUCCACUAUCCUUUCUGAUAGUGCAGGGGGUUUGGAUCCAGAGUGUUCCUUUCAUGAGCCCACCCAGGAGUGGCUGUGGGCAGGAUUUCUGGAUUGCAGUGGGUUGUACUAGUAAGCCCUCGGGGUCCCUUCCAUCUCUGCAAUUCUAUGAAUGGAAGGGCUUCUUCCAAUUGCAGAAGGGAUUGAGAUCCAGUGGAGGCUCACACCGGAGGAAGUGGAGGAAGGCAGAUUUCAUUUAUUCCCUCUACAUCUCCCCAUGCCGCCUCCCACACUGUUAAGGAGGGUCACCCAACUUCUUGGCAUGGUUUUGCAGGGGGGAAGGAAGAAUGAUGAAAAUCACCCCUCCCUCCUUUGUGAGCAUCCCCUGGGCAGAACUCCAUUCACGGGAACUGGAUUCAUGCCAGGGUUUGCAGACUUUAUAUGUAACAUCAAAAACAUGCAAAUGUUGUUUGACCAAAGACAAUAUAUAGGGAGAUAAAAAUUAUACAUCAUGGAUCAUGUUGACUCUGUCAUACCAAUAUUUGUUAAAGACAGUCAUCUGUCUCCAGCUUUGCAUUUCUCAGCUAAAGGCUGGAAAACGCAGGUCAAGAAGGAUGGAUAAAUAAUAUUAUGUACAGUGGCUAGUUUGUCUAAACCAGGCAUCCCCAAACUUCGGCCCUCCAGAUGUUUUGGACUACAAUUCCCAUCUUCCCCGACCACUGGUCCUGUUAGCUAGGGAUCAUGGGAGUUGUAGGCCAAAACAUCUGGAGGGCCGCAGUUUGGGGAUGCCUGGUCUAAACUGUGCUUGCAUUGUGAGAUAACGUUGAUUAUUUGGAUAUGGUGAUUAAAAAACAGGUAGAAUAUAGCACACACGGCUGUUAUCUGUUCCAGUGGUGUGCAGUUUGUUAAGGAUUCAGGUGUACCCCCAAAUCACAGUAAGGAGUUAUGCUUGCACCACAUGAUACCUGCAAUAUUGCACUAAUCUCACUUCCCUUCUGGAAGGUAAAGGAGAAAACUAUCACACAACAAAAAUGUGGAGUUAACAAGUGUAGCUUUGAAUUGAGACAAGGUAUAUUUGUUUUUUCUGAAAGGACAUGGUUUGGCUUUUUUUAUGAAAGAACACAAGUCCUAAGUGCUUAUUGCGCAUGACAUUGAUUUUGCAUGGUUCGUAGGCAAUUCAGUGAAAGUAUUCUUUAUUUGUAUCACUUUACUUUCUAUAGCUACAUCUAGUUUUCAGUGAUCACAUGCACAUUUGCAUUGCCCACAUAAGAGUGAAAUACGGUAAUUUUGGAGGUUUGGUUGUCAUAACUUGCUCUCAGAAUGUUUUGUCUCUGCAUAGUGUUCUGCUGUUAUCAGGCUUAAGUACUUACUGGAGUAAGUUGUCACUCGUGAGAGUUACCCCCUAAAUAUCAUGCACACAACUAUGGAACUUAAUGCAACCAAUGAGGACAUUAGACCAUUUAAGUCUUUCAUAACCUUGUGCCCUCCAGAUGUUUUUAACUACAGUUGCCUUAGUCAGUGUGGCCAAUGGUAAGAGAUUAUCAGAGUUGUAGUCCAACUUCUGGAGGGCAGUAGGCUGGAUAUGGUUGUCCUAUGAGACAGCAUUUUCAUAUAAAGUUUGGGGUGCACUAAAUUAGCUUUUCCCAACAUGGACCUCUUGAGAUGUUUUUGACUACAUUUCCCUUUAGUCUUUGCCAGCAUGGCUGUCCAAAACAUCUGGAAUGCUCCAAGUUGGGAAAACUGUUUCUCUUUUAAUGCAAAGCAAUCCUGCACAAGAUGUGAUCCACCAAGCUGCACGUAGCUCCAGCAAUGUUAUGGUUAUUGAGAUGCUUGACAGUUCCCUGGCUUUUGCAAUCUUGACUACAAAAUAGGAAAUGAACCUGAUGGCAACAACACAUAGUGACUUGUAGAUGGAUUUUUUUGGGAGGGGAGGGUCACAGCUUUUGCAGUGUGCAUUUAGAUUUUAGUAGGAAGUCUUAUGAGACCUCAUGAAUCAGUAGUUCAGUUAUCGAUAAUGGAUAUGUGUUUUAACUUCCCAUAAAGUCAUGUUAGCUUCUACUAUAAUAGCAGUGGCUUUCAAGAUCUAUUUCCCCUUUUUUCCACUUAAGUUGUAUCUUAGAUAAUGGAAAACUAGUGCUAUAGGUUGGCAUACAUCUUGAAAGUCCUUAAAAUGUGUUUGGGGGUAGGAAGUUAGUACUGCCAUGUAGGUAUUGAAGCAACGUGGACCUGUUACUUUACCAUAAACUAGAACCAAGAUCAUGUUUCCGUCCCAAGGAAUUGAAUGUUUUGUUUCCUUUGAGGCUCCAGACAGUAAUGAAGAUGUGGUGGUGGCGGCAAUAUUUCACAGCACGGUUUCUGGUGCUGUAUAGUGUUGAACUGUACACUACAGAUGUCACAUGUUGCUGUCUUGACUAUAAACUGAUUGUCAACCAGAUCAUGUUGUUUCAAGUUUUUUAUAUCCAUGCUGAUAAUGAACAUUGGGCACUCUGGUCUGUGAAGAAUGUAUUCUCCUGAAUUUUGAAUGUAUCCUGUUUAAUAAUAAUUACUUUUGUCAGGAUUUAGAGCACAGGAAAAAACUGAAGAUAACCUUCCCCUCCUUUUUUUUUU